AAUUGAAAAAAAAACAACUUUUACACUGUUUGUAUAUUACAGUUUGUAUCGGUGUUCUAAAUUUACUGCAUAAACUGUAAAAAGAAAUGGGGAAUAAUCCGAAAUACUGGAGAAUAUGCUUUUACAAUCUCUAUAAAUCAGACAUAUGAUGAAGUCUGACCAGGAAGUCACAAACUCCUCUGUAUAAUUGCAUUGCAUGUCAAUUUAAACAUGUUUUGUUAGACGUGAAUUGCUACUUGAAUAACAUUUAUAAACACACUACAAAUGGUUUUCUUGAGAGUGAAAUAAGUACAUAUAUAAUAUGGCGAACGAUCUGGAAUUUGAAGAUAAAAAACUGACAAUAUACGAACUAUUAAAUACAAAAAAGUUACCGAUUAUUGUGCGGACUUGCGAAGAAGAGGAUGAUUGUUAUGAUUAUUGUCAUGGAAGAAUUUCUGGAAAAACUGAAAUAUUACUUCAGAAGAAACUUAAAUUAAAAUAUGCGCUUAUAAAGGUUUUAAAAUAUUAUGACAAUGAUGUGAUACAGAAGAAAAAUGGUCCAGAAUACGUUCUCGAGCAUGAUACAUAUGUUGGGGAGAAGUUUUACAUACCAGCUAAAUAUCCUGGAACUUUCAGAUUUGCUCAUCGACCAGGAAGUUGGAGAAGGUAUGCUACUAUGUCUCAGGUUCUGGAAGAAUUACCGCGUUAUAUUUCUGUUGGAGAAGGCACUGAAGCGACUGGUAGUUCAGGCAAAAUUGAAAGAAUUCCAGCUAGAUCAAAACUUGAACUUCUGCGAAAAUUCAAUGAUCCAAAUGAUGGAUCUAUAUUGUUAGAAUGUAGUGAUGGAAAUAAAUCUUUCUACUUUUCAAAAAAUGAUCGCAUAAAUUGCACAGAAGUUGAAGAUACAAAGAAGUACCAUUUGUUUGAACUUGUUCGUAACAAGAUGCUGCCGAAGGUGUUUAUGUUCGAGAACGUUGCUUCUAAAGACUGUAUUUUAAUGGAUAAUGAGCUUAACAGUGCACUACUGACUAGUGUGGAAGGACCAAUUGAGUUACUCGAAUUUAAGGAUAUUGAAAUUAUCGUUGGUUGGGUGAGAGAUAAGGAAUCGAAAACAUAUAAAACUGUAGUUAUACCACCUGGGCUUUGGACUGAAUUAAAAGUUCAAGAGAAAAGUCUUCACAGUGAGGGAGAAAAGACUCUUUAUAUUGAAAACAAAUACAAACGUUGUGGUGAGAAUACACAUUUCCUUGAAACAUGUCUCUAUUGGAUGUAUCCUGAUAAAGGCCAAGCAACAUGGUUAAGAAGCCCUGACUUUUACAAACGAGCUCAUGGAAACACACAUAUGUUUGAACCAAUAGCGCAAGAUUUUCAAGAUUCCACUGACGAUGAAGUUUUUACAGACUAUGAAGAAAUAUUUGAGCCCCCACCUCCUUUACCAGAAAGAAAGUCUCAUUCAAGUGAAAGCCAUGAACACCACAAGCGAGCAAAUGAAAAGAGAUCGCUAUUCCACAAAGUGCACAAAGAGUUGUUGAUGAUUGCAAAACAAGUUCAUACAAAAGUUGCUAAAAACGAAGGAAAACCACCAAAAAUACCCAAACGUCCACAUCGUCACCAUGUAACUGACGAUAAAUCGAAAGAAUCGGGUAAUGGCGGCUUAACUAGUGACACAACUGACAAAGCUGUUUCAGAGAUAUCACAUGAAAACUCGACUUCUCGUACUUCGACAAAUUCUGCAGACAGCGAUAUAUAUCAAUAUGGCACAUCCCCUGAAUCGGCAAAUUCCGAGGAUUAUGAAUAUGACUAUCCCGAUAUAGCUUCUACUGUUCAACAUCGGCCGCUACCAAAACCACCGGAAACACAAAAACCUGAAACGGAAUUGUCAACAGCGCAAAAACAUACGAUGCCGACCAAAACUGUACCCAAAUAUGUAUCGCUGACGAUGAAUGAAGCAAAACAUCUGUUUCAGGAAAAUCUUUCAGAGGAAGACUUUUUUCAAUAUACAGUAAUGGAAAUAGAGCAUUGUUUCAAACACUGUGGUCUUGCAAACUUUGCAAAAAUAUGUCUUGAAAAUAGACUUGACGGAUGUUUCUUUAAAAACUUUGAUUUUGAAGAACUGAAAAACGAACCGUUCAGGUUAACAAGUUUUCAAAUUCUUAAAGUCAAAAAAAUGAUCUUCGAUGGAUGGAGACCAAAGGUCUACACAUAAUUUGUUUGCUUUCGAUAAAAUUACCAAGUGGCGGAUUAAGGUCCUUGCUUCAACGUUGCAGCCCCCCGCCCUGAGCUCAGCCCAAAGAUACGUUUAUUAACUGAGCCGGAAUAUUUUCACGGUCCAGUGUUAUGCUUUAUUGGCAGUAGUGUACUUCUCAUUAAAACAUCCGGUUGUUAAUCUCCUACCUGGGGGGGGGGGGGGGGCUUGUCAGAGAUAAUUAUCAGUUAACAUGUUGCAUGUUUGGAUGACUUCAAGGUUAAAGUGGCAUACUUGAUUAGCUUGAUUAAUUUUCCAACGUCUUAAAAAUAAGUUACAAGUACACGCAGUAGUAAAUAUGUGCUUUACGCAGUAGACUAUAAUUUACUGUCUUUAUUUACCUGUUUUCUUCGCCAAACCCCUUAUAAAGAUGAAUUGAAAAGUGUGAUUUAAAGGAAUUCAAAAAGGUGGCAAGUUUUACAAAGAUAAUGUGGAAGGAAUUUUGUUUGAAUAACUGGUUUAACUACAAACGUGACUGUUUCCUUUAUUUUCCAAGUUUCUUCAUACUGUUAACAUACCCAAUUUAAAGCAACUUAUUGACUUAGUUUCCUCAACGGUUGUUUGUUAAGAAUGCUCGAGACAUUUUAAAGACAUUUGUAUAGCUAGAUUGUAAGAUGAAAUGAUUGUCACUGGUUUUUAAUAAUCUUUUCUAUAUGGCUGUUUGAAUAUUUUUAAAAUGUAAUGUUCUUUCUUUAUCUAAAAAUAGAUUCAUUGUUGGAAAAAUUCCUUAUUAAAUAAAAAUAAUACUACAACUUGAUGACAUAAAUUGUAAGUGAACAAAAUCUAGAAUGGAGUUGUUAAAUUAUAAAAAAGCAUUAGAAAGUCAAUGAAAUAACAUUAUUUUCAACCGCAGAUUUCAAAAUUUCUCAGUUUAUGGGAGGGGUGGGUUUAUUCUUUAUUUGUAGUAUAAUAACCCGAAUCAUCUUUUUCCCCUGAUCCUUUUUGGCGACUGGAAGUCAAAACACUACCUUAUUUGCAUUUUGCUAUUUAUGACAAAUAAUUUCACAUUCAGCUAUACUUUUUUCAGGUAUUAAGAAUUUAAUUUCAGGUAAUCACGCUCUGAAACAAUUAUUUAAACGUUCUUAAACUCACGUUUGCCCUUUCUACAGAAGGAGAGAUUUAUUCGUUUCAAAAUUUGCCUAUAAGUAGAUAGUGUAUGCAAAUGUUGAAUAAAGAGCCGCGGGAUCUUUAAUUUGUUUCAGAAAUCCAUAAAAAUGUGACUUGUGUAUGCAUGUUACAUGUCACAGGAAAAUAAAAACUACUUUGCUGUAUAAAUGCUUUUUUUGAAUUGGUUACAAUCUAUAUAUGUAUCAGUAUGGUGUUACUGUGACGAUGUAAGUUUGUAUUAUAAUGAUGUAAAUAAAUCAUGUAUUGAUGAUGAUAAAA